AUGUAGUUGCCAUCUUCAACUAAAAGAUGGGAUAUGUUAGAAGUGUUUGGCUUGGAGUUUUUGUAUUCAUUUCCAUUCAUAGCUAUGGCAAUAUUAGACUAUUUGAAGCUUCUUCUCGUGUCAUACAGACACCCGAUCACAUAUAUCGCACUGCUUAUCAUUUUCAACCUGCCAAGUAUUGGAUGAAUGAUCCUAAUGGACCAGUGAUAUACAUGGGGAUUUACCAUUUGUUCUAUCAGUACAAUCCUUACGAUGCACAAACAGGUAACAUUGUAUGGGGCCAUUCCACAUCCACUGAUCUCGUCAACUGGACUCCUCAGCCGCCGGCGCUUCUCCCAUCAGAGCCUUACGAUUUCAAAGGCUGUUUUACCGGUUCUACAACUCUUCUCUCUGGCGGAAAACCGGCAGUUCUCUACACCGGCUUAGAUUUCUCCGGUAUCCAGGUACAAAAUCUAGCAGUCCCCAAAAAUGUAGCUGACCCGUACCUUAGAGAAUGGGUAAAAUCACCUUAUAAUCCAUUAAUCGCACCGAAUUCGGUGAACAAAAUUGAUGGACAAAAUUUCAGAGAUCCAAGUACUGCUUGGCUAAAUCCUGACGGAAAUUGGAGAAUGGUAGUUGGAAAUCAACAAAACGGGAGCGGAAUUGGGUUAUUGUAUAGAAGCAAAAACUUCAUUGAUUGGAUUCAAGCUGAAAAUCCACUGCAUUUUUUGAACAAUUCUGGAAUGUGGGAAUGCCCUGAUUUUUUCCCUGUUUCAAAAAUCAGUAAAAAUGGUCUAGAAACUUCCACAAUAGGUCCAAAUGUGAAACAUGUAUUCAAGGCAAGUACACCAAGUACACCAAUCACUGAUUACUACACAAUUGGUACAUAUAAUCCGAAUAAGGAUAUUUUUAUUCCGGAUAACAAAUCACUUGAUAUUGGAUUAGGAUUUCGAUAUGAUUAUGGUAAAUUUUAUGCAUCGAAAACUUUUUUCGAUAGUUCUACUAGUAGGAGGAUUUUAUUUGGAUGGGUUUAUGAAUCGGUUAAUAAUCUUGAGAUUAAUAGUAUGAGAGGAUGGGCUGGUCUUCAAGGAAUUCCUAGAAGGAUUUGGCUUCAUAAAUCUGGAAAUCAGCUGCUUCAAUGGCCGAUAUUUGAAAUUGAAAAGCUUCGAAUGAAUCCAGUUAUUGAAGAUACUACAGUGCUUAUGCCAGGAUCAAUACGUGAAAUUUCUGGAGUCAAUGCUACGCAGGCAGAUGUAGAAAUGUCAUUUUCAGCUAAAACAUUGGAAAAUGCAGAGAAAUGGGAAGCAAAUUGGACAAAUCCACAACUAGUGUGUAGCAUAAAAGGUGCAACAGUAAAAGGUGGGCUUGGCCCAUUUGGGUUACUAGUUUUGGCAUCUAAAGACAUGCAAGAGUAUACUGCAAUUUUCUUCAGAAUAUUCAAAGGAGAUAACAACAAUUUUAUAGUCCUAAUGUGUAGUGAUCAGACCAGGUCUUCCUUACACUUGCCUUCUAGUGAUUAUGACAAAACAACUUAUGGGGUCUUGUUGAAUGUGGAUCCUCUUCAAGAAAAAUUGUCUCUCAGGACUUUGAUUGAUCACUCAAUAGUGGAGAGCUUUGGAGGAGAAGGAAAGGCUUGCAUUACAGCUAGGGUUUAUCCAACUAAUUUAGCAGUGGAUGGUGCAACCCAUUUAUAUGUCUUCAAUAAUGGUUCACAGAGUGUUGACAUCUCUAAAUUGACUGCUUGGAGCAUGAAAACAGCUCAAAUCAAUUGAUUAAAUCCAACAUAUAUAGAUUUAUUUGAUAACGUUAUAUUUUAUUAAUCUACUCUAUAAUCUACAACUGAAGGUUGAUCAUUUUAUCAUUUCUCAUCAAUAAAUUAUAGAAUGGUCAGUCGAACACUUUUUCUUCUAAGAA